UCCGAGGCUGUUCCAGAUAAAGGGCUCCUCCUCCCGCCGGUCCCAACCUCCCCUGCGCUCUGCUGCGUCGCCCUCGCUUUUCCCCAAGCAAAGAUGGAAGUCGUCAAUCAGCUCGUAGCCGUUGGGCAGUUCCGCGUCUUCAAGGAGCCUCUGGGCUUUGUGAAGUUGCUAGAAUGGUUCUUUUCCAUCUUUGCAUUUGCAACAUGUGGCAGCUACACCGGAGAAUUUUGCCUGAGUGUCGAAUGCCCCAACAAGAAUGAGAGUGAUCUCAGUAUAGAGGUGGAGUUUGCAUAUCCCUUCCGGCUCCACCAGGUGUAUUUCGAUGCCCCGGCUUGUAAAGGGACUGAGCAGGAGAAGGUUUUCUUGAUCGGAGACUAUUCCUCCUCCGCUGAGUUUUUCGUCACCAUCGCAGUCUUUGCCUUCCUGUACUCCUUAGCUGCCGUUGUCGUCUACAUCUUCAUGCAGGACAAGUACAGGGAGAACAACAAAGGCCCCAUGAUUGAUUUUGUGGUGACAGCUGUCUUCACCUUCAUGUGGUUGGUGAGCUCCUGUGCUUGGGCCAAGGGGCUUUCCGAUGUCAAGGAGGCCACUGACCCGGACAACGUGAUUAAAAGUGUGAGCGCAUGUGGAGAACCCAAUGUGAAGUGCAAGGAGAUACGGGAGCCGAUCGCCUCUGGCCUCAACACCUCUGUGGUCUUUGGCUUCCUGAACUUGGUGCUUUGGCUGGGGAACCUGUGGUUCGUGUUCAAAGAGACGGGAUGGAGCGCCCCCUUCAUGAAGUACCCCCCUGCCCAGGAGAAACCACCGGCACCCGAGGCUUAUGGCGACGCCUACAACCAAGCCCCAGGCUAUGGACAGCAGGAUACUUAUGGGCAGCAGGGUGGCUACCAACCCGACUACAGCCAGCAGGGCUACGGUCAGCAGGGCGAGUUCGGCCAGCAAGGUGGCUACGUCCAAGGCGGGCCCACUUCCUUUGCAAACCAGAUGUAGGCGGGUCCCUACCCGCAGUAGGAGGAGGCGCUGCGAGGAGGAAGCCGCCAUCCUGUCCCUGCCCCCCAUGUCCCCUUGUGCAGGGGAAAGGGGGGGCGGGUGGGUGCUCGCGCUGGGAGGGGGCUGGCGGGGUUCCCCCCUCCCAGGAUGAAUGUAGAUGUUCGUGCUGUUUAUAUAUAUAUAUUAUAUAUAUAUGAGAAACUACAACUAGAGAUAGAGACCGCCCCCCUCUCCCACUGCCCCAUUGCCUCAUGCACACACACAAGCACACACAACACACUGCCCUACUCCAUUCCUCAACCCGGGACAGCUCCUUGACCACCCACACCACUCCUUUUAUACCACCCCCCAUCCACCCUCCGGCCCUUUCCCUCCAGGAUUCCCAAUAAAGCUAUACAAUCUCCCCUCCCCACCCCGAUCCCUACCAUUUGCCCUCCCUGUGCCCCUUGAAUCUCAUACCCGACAGUAUGGAAGGCACUGCAUGACUCUGGCAUCACUCUUCCGACCCUGCUCCCUGCACAUGGCAAACCCACCUCCAUCUCCUCUCUGCAUGCCCCAAUGAAAGUGAGUUGGUCAUGGGAGGAGGGGGUCUGAGGUGUGCGGGGG